GUCUUCCAAGUCCCCAAAUCCAACGUCGAAGUCAUCCGCGGCCUGAAGUCUCGGGAGAAGACCCUCGCCAUUACCGACCUGGAUAUUGGAUCACAAAGCGAGGAUGAAUUCCUGGAACAUGCGCAUCGAAGGCUAGAGGAAGCAUUGGUACAGAAAUAGCUCACGAAAAGAUAGAUGUGCUGCUUGGAUGGGAGGUAAACAUCGGUUGGUUCUGCGGCGAAACGUGACGUGACAUCACGGGGAUCUUCCCGACCGACCGACCGACCGACUGCCGCCCGUUUUCUUUUCCGAAUCAGCAUCCAUCCCGCAGCUUCAACUUUCGCAUCGCAUCGCAUUGCAUCGCAUUACAUCGCGUCGCAUAACAACCAACUGUCAUAAAUAGCGAGCUAAUCCUUCUCCGCGAUCAAUCGCAAUUUCAACUGCCACCCAACAACCACAAUGUCACCCCCUCUCCCCGAACCAACAGCAGCAACAGCAGCCACGAAACGCAAAUCCCCAUCGUCAUCAUCCUCAACACCCAAAACCAUCCACUUCACCGCGCGCAAUCCCCCAUGGACCUAUCUCAAACUCCAACUCACCCCCCAACCAACUCCCUUCUCCUCAACCUCCUCAACAUCCACAUCCACCACCCCCCUCGACCCCCUCACAGCACGAACCUACCUCUCCGCCGCCCUCACCCAAUUCCUCGGCCUAACCGGCACCUCCAUCCCCAUCGACAUUCUCAAAAUCUCCUCAUCCCCCGAAGUAUCAGACCCGAAAUCGAAAUCAACAGCAACAGCAACAGCAGACAAAACCAUCUGGGUCCGCGUUCCCCGCGACGACGCCUCCGCCGUCGUGGCCGCGCUGAGUUCCUGGAUCGGAGGGGGUACGGGUGGCGG